AUGGAAUAGGCACACAGAUCACUUGCUAGGCGGCGUUCAUUGGGUGAGGUUCGAUUGUCAUCAGUUUGAGCAGAGUAAAUAAAAAACGUAGCUGAAAUGGGGAAGCUACUGCUGGUCUCUGGACUCAUCAUUACGAUGUGCCUCGGGUGGAGUCUGGGACAGCUGCCGGCCAACGCUUGUUCGCAGUUUUUCGGCUACCAGAGAUAUAACGGACAGUACAUUGGCCUGGUCACAGUGCGCCACGAUCCGAUGGUGAACAAUCACACGCUCUUCCUGGAGUUCUCGCAGCCCGGAUUCUAUACCUGGGAAUACGUGGGAAACGUUGUCCUGGUGACGGACGAUGACAGGACCAAGAAUAAUCUGCGACAGGGCUGGCCGAUUCAGUAUCGUGUGGACUUUCCCCUGCCCAGCCAGCCGCCCAAGGUCACCAGCAUCCGGGUGGACGAUGUGCAGCUCUGUGGUGACAAGCAAUAUACUCCACCGAGAACAUCCAUAACGCUGUCGCACACGGUCACCACCUCCCUACAGGAGCGCGGCACGGGUCAUUCGUCAAAUGCAUUGGAUGUAUAUGGUUCCCAGCCAGUGCAGCAACAAGUAUGGCCACAAGUACGGCCACAAGUUCGCCCCUCAGUCCGACCCUCAUCUCCAGUGCGUCCCGCCGUUGAACCUCAGAGUGGUUUCGAUUACCGUGAACAGAACAGCACACAGCGGCCAGCAGUUAGUCCUGGACAGGGCAGGGCUAGCCCGCAGACCAUUACACAGAGUGCACCAGUGAACAGUGGAUCCAGGACUCCCUCUCCGCAGACGCCCUCCAGCAACAUUGUUUGCGGCCGUGAGAGGACCGUAACCACGCCGCUGAUCUUCCAGGGGCAGCGCCUGGAGCGCGGACAGCUGCCCUGGCUGGUGGGACUCUUCGAGCGGCGAGAGAGCAACGGUCCGAUCUUCUUCUGUGGGGGCACGCUCAUAUCCGCCUCCACGGUGCUAACGGCGGCGCAUUGUUUCCGGUUUCCGGGCCGCGAUCUGCCUGCCAGUCGCACGGCCGUUUCUCUGGGCCGCAGCAGCCUGGACAUCCUGACGGAUGGAGAGUUCCGAGGUGUGUCCCAGCUGCUCAUACACGAGAACUACCAGUUCAAGCAGUACACGGAGGCGGAUCUGGCGCUGGCGAGGCUGGAUGAGCCCGUCGCCUUCAGCGACUACAUCGUACCCAUUUGUCUUUGGAGCACGAGCAACCGCAUGGAUCUGCCGCAGGGCGUCAGGUCGUACGUGGCCGGUUGGGGUGCGGACGGGGAGGGCAAUGGCAACACGGACGUGGCCAAGGUCACUGACCUCAGCAUUGUCUCCGACUCGAACUGCACCCUAGAGCUGCCCCAUGUCCUUGUCCAGCCGAGCACCCUGUGCGCCAAGAAGGUGGGCGCCGGCCCCUGUGGCAGUGACGGCGGCGGCCCUCUGAUGCUGAGGGAGGGCGAUGUCUGGCUGCUGCGCGGCGUCAUCUCUGGCGGCAGGAUCAAUGCCAAGGAGAACACCUGUGACCUGUCCAGGCCCUCCGUCUUCACGGACGUGGCCAAGCACAUCGACUGGGUGCGCAGUAACAUGUGGAACUGAUCCGAACAGAACUGAAAUCGAAGCCGAAACUGAUUGCCCUUUCCUGCCUUCUACGAAUGCAAUGACAAUUAACAAGCGAACUGACAAAUGGCUGGAAGAGCGGAGCCAAUCCGAUUUGUAGUUUGAUUAAUGGAAUUUAAACUGGCAUCUACGCUACGGGUAAUUCAAGUCUGGCAUCCAUUAAUCAUAGAGUAGAAUAAACAAACGAAACCACAAAGUGUGUAUACACUGC